UCUUAUUCGCAGCGUCGAAAAUUGAUCGCACAGAUAUUUAUCCAUAUUGAAAACGAAGAGUGCAUAUAUCAAAUAAGUUUUUAAUGCAACUUGUAGAGCGUUUUACGCUGCAUCUUAUGGUAUGCUUUGCUUUUAAAAUAAACGUACUAAAUGAUAAAAAGAGAGAUACAAACACUGGCCAUUGAUUAUGGGAUACUCGUUAGCUUCGAUAGUUGGGUAUUUUUUAUGUGUUGAAUAAUCUUCAUUUAAUUUUUUUUGUUGCCUUUCUACAGAAAUAAGUUUGAUUAUGAUUUUGUAGAGAAUUUCACGGCGCAUCUUUUGGAAAAAACAAUCAGCUUUAAAGAUCAAAAAGAAAAAAAGUUAUAGUAAAAAUACGGAUGGGAUCAAAACUUAUGACACACCCUUUAUUUAUGAAAAUUAAAUAUUUCUCAAUACGUUAAGUACAUCAAAAUUGAUCGAUAAUAAAAUCUGUAUAACAACCGUACGUCGGUUAUUUUGCAUUUUUUUUACAAUCUAAGCAGAUAUAGUCUAGAGAAAAUCUUUUUUUAUUACCGCUUAAAAUUCCAUUUAAAUAUAUGUCUGUGCAAUUGAUAAUAUAGAAAAUAAAUCACUUUCAGAAUCAUUUUAACAAAAAUGAAUGUCUCUUUGAAUAUUUCGAAUUUCUUUUACGAUGAUAUUAAUUGAAUAUUGAAUUUAGAAUAAAUAUUUAUUUAUUAAUAAAAAAAUUUAUUAUUUUAGUGUUGGUAUCUAUCGUGUUAAUUAUCCUCAAUCAAUGCUUGAUGCUUUAAUACCAGGCAUACAAGAUCAUGCACUUUCUCCUCAAGAUCGUUUUGAUAUUCAAACAGAUGUUUAUGCAUUAGCACGUUCUGGUCAUAUUAAUUAUGUUGAUUAUUUAAAAUUACUUCGUCAUGCAUAUAAACAUGAAGAUAAUUUAACUGUUUGGAAAUCUAUAUUAAAACAAUUAAUUGAUCUUAAUUCUAUUAUUGAUUAUGCUUCUAUUCAUAAUCUAAAAAAACUUUUUCAAAUAUAUAUAUGUGAUCUUUUAUCAAAUAUUUAUAGUAAAUUAGAAUGGGAUCCAUUACCAAAUGAAGGUUUACAAGCAGCUAUGCUUCGUGAUCUAAUAUUAAUUCAAAUGGGUAUUAAUGGACAUAAUAAAACACGUGAAGAAGCACAUAAACGUUUUGAAAUAUUAUUGAAUAGUAAUAAUCAAAAUCAUCAAUCAAUUAAUCCAAAUAUUCGUGCUGCUAUUUAUUUAACUGUUGCUAAAACAGGAAAUCAAGAAACAUUCGAACAAUUGAAAUCGGUAAUAAAAUCUAAAUCUUCAAAUAUUAUAGCUCACUAUCGAAUCAAAACUCUUCAGAAGAUUUCUAUUUGA